AUGUCGGGCUCUUUCUUCGGCUUCGAUACGACGUUGCCCCCCUUAAAUCCAGACCAGUUUGCUGGCCUAAGCGGUAAUCAUAACGUUAAUGGGCAACAAGACGAAACAGAGGACGAAGAGUUGGAAAGAAAAAUUAAGGCCUUCACUCUUGAUUCAGGGGAGAACUUUGAAGUUUUUGAUUAUGAGCGAAAUUUUGAUCUUGGGAAUCAGUUGGAAGAAUCGGGGGACGACCUGAACGAUGAGACGUUUGGAGUUUCGGUUGAUGUUGGCAAGGACUUUGAUUUCAUAGAAAGCACCACGAAGAUAGCGGACACAAUACAAAAAGAGGAAGAAAUUUAUAUCGGGCGGAGGGAAAGUUCCACGUCGGAAAACGAAAAUAACAAUCGAAUGCCGUAUGCGGCGUUGUGGAGUAAUAAUUCAGAUGCUAUAGCCAACGGGAAAGGUAAUCAAGCGAAUGACAUAGCACCAGGAGUUCCGCCUUUGCCUGAGCCUCCAAUAAGCCCAUCAAUAUGGGGAUUCCAUCCAUCGAAUCGUAAAGAUGCCCUCGCCCAAGAAAUACCCAGUAUCUCAGGUUCCUUCGAAAACUCUCAAAGAUACACGCCACCACCACCUCCGACUUCACCACCGCCAGGUUUUGGUCCGCCAUCGCAUUCCACAGCUCGUACGCCAAUGUCGCUUGAACAAAUCGAAGCUCAAUUACACAGACAGGCUGGAAUACCAGAGAAGAGGAUGCUGAGCUUGGCAGAAGUUGAGGCAGCUCUGUUAGGUAUUAAUGGACGACAGCCACAUCCCAUGUAUCCCGCAACCGAAGCGAUCUUUAGGGAACAGAAAAACGUUUCCUACUUGGAAAAAGAGGCUGCCUUACGAGAACAGGAAGCUUUGAUCGAAAGGGAGAGGAAACGACGGGAUAAACAAAGAAAGCUUUCUGAAAUGUCCCGAUACAAUGGUCUCAUGACACAAAGUGAUAAGGAUUACAUCAACCGCAUCCAAAUUUCACAAUUAGUAACUGACGAUCCUUAUGCUGACGAUUUUUAUUACCAAGUAUACACCGCCAUUCGAACCCGUCAGUCACAGCCUCAGAUGUCUGCUUUUUCGCCACAAGCCGGAGGAACUGGCUUCAUGGGACAUGAGCGAGGUCGACACCGAAGCAGGGGGUCAGAGAGUGGCUUGCAGAAAAUGCAGCAACAGGUGCUGAGGAUAGUAAAUGAUGCAAGGAGAAAACCCAAGAUGACACAAUUAUCACUUGAAGGCGCAUUGGGAAAAAUAGCUCUUAACUCUGUUCGCAAUCCCAGGCAAUUGCUGCAAGUUUCAUCUAAAAACAAUGACAACCAUAAUCAUUCGGGGUCGAGUAAUAAUGGCAGCGUUCACCACCAUCACCAAAAGGUUCCGUCAAUUUCAUCACACGGCAUUACGGAUCAUCGGAAGGUGUUGCGAUCCAUCGAAAAUGUUUACACCGCUGUGCUCUCUUUGGAAGAGUUAAAACGAAACCAACCCCAAAGAAUAUACACAGAUUAUGAAAGGGAGUCUUAUGAAAAAUGGAAGGAAGAAUAUGCUGAACUUGCUAAAACAAUGUGGGAAGAACUUCGAGUGACAGAGGCAAUCGGUGUCAGUUACCCGCAUCCCCUUAUUAGUAUAUUGUCCAUUUCCAAGGGAAAAAAAGUUAUCCCACGCGUCAUGCGUCACUGUAAUGCAGAACAAAUACUUCUUCUGAUUACGAUGUUGGUUGCAAAUUUUGAAUCACUGGAUGUGUGUAAAGGUGCUAUCUGGGGUCCACAAGGAGGCGUGGGUCCAAUAAUGUUGGAAGAAGUAGAAUUAUUUAUGAAUACGGUUGUCCCUCCGUUACUGCAGUUCGUGGCAGAAGCACAAUUGAGAAUUGUUACCAGAUUAUUCGGAUUGUUUGUGGAAAGGAAUAAUAUUGUUUGGGUGGCGAGAAGCAAGGUUGGUCUUGCUUUUUUAACUAUGUUUUUGAGUCGAGCCGAAAUUUUAAAACAAGGUGGUGGCUCUAUCCAAGGUUUACCACAGCCAGAAGAACGAGAGUUGAUUCAAUGGCAAGAAUUAUAUAAUCAUUUAUUUUGCACCCUACAAAAUCAUUUUCUAUCAUUAUUUCCGCCGUUUCUCGUUGGGAUUGACGAUAUGUAUGUAUGGCAAUUCCUUGCGGCAAUGGCAGUGGGCGCUUCUACGGAGCAACAGCAUAUACUGGUUACGGAAGUUAGAGAACGAGUGCUCGAUACCGUGGUGCAAGCCUCAAGGAUGUCGGCAGAUAAAGCAUCUCACAAAAUAGCAAACGUGAAUUUAUUUUUAAACGCAUUGGGACUUGAUGCAUCACAGCUUAAAAUUUAA